AUGAAAUUCUCUGUCACUGUCCUCGCCAUCGUCUUAGUGGCCGUGUCAGCCGAUUAUGACGACGGUGUGAUUAUAGGAGGUGACCAUGAUGAGUUCAUCGGAGGUCACGGCUACGUCGUCAGUGGCGGUCACGGAAUCCACCCUAUUGUCCACGGUUCAGGUCUUCCAUGCUGGAAACACCACGGAGGACACGGGAAGAUGGGUAUGGUGACACAUGACUACCCUACUGUCUACACAACCGGAAGUCACUACGCAGGAUCCCAGAUGUACAGUGCUGGUCAAUACGGAGGCUCCCAAAUGUACGAUGCUGGACAUUACGGAGGCUCCCAGAUAUACGGUGCUGGACAGUACGGAGGUUCCCAAAUGUACGAUGCUGGACAGUACGGAGGCUCCCAGAUAUACGGUGCUGGACAGUACGGAGGUUCCCAAAUGUACGGCGGGGGUCAGUACGGCACUGGACUAGGGCAAUAUGGUGCCGGACAACAGAUGUACGAAGCUGGCCAACAUAUGUAUCCUGGUCAAACUAUUUACUGA